UUUCGAAGGGCUGCAUUGUCGUCAUUCCCGCAACCAAACCGGCAGCACCACGAUGGCUCUCUUCAGCGCGCGCGGGUUGAGCAACUUUAUCAGCGAGAUUCGGUCGUGCACGAACGCCGAGGACGAGCAGAAGCGCAUCGACAAGGAACUCAACAAGUUACGGCAAAAGUUCACCCAGACGGGGCAACUCAACUCGUAUGACAAGAAGAAGUAUGCAUGGAAGCUCAUCUACAUUUACAUGCUCGGCUACGACAUUGACUUUGGGCACAUGCAGGUGAUCAAUCUCGUGUCGGGGGCCAAGUACUCCGAGAAAUGUCUUGGAUAUCUUGGCGUAUCCAUCCUACUGAAGAGUUCCGACGAACUCAUGACGUUAGUCAUCAAUUCGAUUCUGAAUGAUCUCUGUUCCCCCGACGCGUCCUUUCAAUGCCUCGCGCUGUGCUGCGUUGCCAACCUCGGAGGCAUGGAAUUGUGCGAAACCCUCGCACCACAUGUGGUCAAACUACUCAUGAGCUCGAGCAGCAUUUGCCACGUCCGAAAGAAGGCAGCGUUGUGCUUGCGCCGCAUCAUCCCGGCCAUUCCCGACGUUAUCUUGCCUGAGGAGCUCGAGCCACGCCUGCAAACGUUGAUGGAAGAUCGUCAUCUCGGUGUCGUCACGAGCGCCGCGGGCCUCCUCCAAGUAGCGCUCACACAAACGCCGACGGGCUACAAGUCGCUCAUUGAAGUCGUCAUCGAGCGGCUCGCUCAGCUCGUGCACAACAAGAGCUGUCCCCGCGACUACAUGUACUACUCGACCCCUUGUCCAUGGCUUCAGAUCAAGCUCCUUCGCAUCCUGCAACAGUUUGGCGCGAUCGAGGACGUUCGCCUCAACGAAAAGCUCAACGACACGCUGCGAAAGAUCCUGGGCCGACCGAGCCCUGGCAAGGGCGCCAAGAACAACGCGAUUUACGCCGUCCUGUUCGAAACAGUCAACCUCGUGAUUGCCCAGGGGAAGCGCGCCGACCCGAAGCUCCACGAGCAAGGCAUCCAACUCCUCGCGCGGUUCAUCUCGGUGAGCGAGCCCAACAUCCGAUACAUCGGGCUCGACUCGAUGAACCGUCUCGUCCGCCUCGAAGGCGCGUCGGAAGCGAUCCGCCAGCACAAAGCCACCGUGAUCUUCUCGCUCAAGGAUGCCGACAACAGCGUGCGUCGCCGGGCGCUGGAUCUCCUCUUUGCCAUGUGCGACCACUCGAACGCGCUCGAGAUUGUCGGUGAACUUGUCACGUACUUGGCGGUGGCGGAUUCGACCAUCCGCGACGAGAUUGUGCUCAAGGCGGCGAUCCUGGCCGAACGGUACGCCAAGGACUUGCGUUGGUAUGUGGACACUGUGCUCCAGCUCAUCACGAUCGCCGGCGCGGAUGUCCCGGACGACGUCUGGCAUCGUGUUGUGCAAAUUGUCACCAACAACGAGGACCUGCAAAAGUACACGGCGCAGGUCAUGUUUCGCGCGUUGGAGCCCAAGCACGUGGACGAGACAACCGCCAAGUUUGGCGCGUACGUGGUGGGCGAGUUUGGAUUUUUGAAUGUGGACGAGCCAGACAUGUCGAGCACGCGCCAGUUUGACGUGCUGCUGCAGCACUAUACGACGGGGUCGAUCGCGACCAAGUGCCUCAUCUUGACGGCAUUUAUCAAGAUGGACAACCUGUUUGAAGAGAUCCGACCGCGCAUCCUCGACGUGUUCAAGAAGGGCACGUCCCACGUCGACUUGGAAGCUCAGCAGCGCGCGUGCGAAUACUUUACGCUGCACCACUCGGGCGACGACAUCAUGAAGAACGUCCUGGAGCCGAUGCCCGUGUUUCCAGAUACCCGCGAGUCGAACCUUGUCGUGCGCCUUCGCGCGCAACAAAAAGCGGCCGAGGGCGGCGACGAGGCGGCGGCGUCCCCCGAUGAGCGCGACAGUGCCGCUAGCCCUGCUCCCCAUGGCGGGAACGACGACUCGUCCGAUUUGUUGGGGCUGUCCAGUCCAACGAACCACAACCAGCAGCCGCGCCAAGGCAACGACAACGGCGUGGGUGAUGUCUUUCGAGGGAAAUCCAACAGCGGUGUCGACCCGAACAAACUUGCCGCCUGGUUCAACAAGAUUGUGGCGACAAACCAAGGCGUCCUGUUCGAGAACGACGUGAUCCAAAUUGGCGUGAAGCAGGAGUUCCGUGGGUCCCAAGGCCGAUUGGGACUGUUUUAUGGAAACAAGAGCUCGCAGCCACUGACGGGGUUGAGCCUGAACGUGAAGAACGUGCCAAGUUUGCGCACGCAAGUGGAGGAAGUCGCCAAGGAGCUAGCGCCCAAGCAACAGCUCAAGCAGCAGGUCAUGGUCGAAUGCAUGCAACCGUUCAUUCAACCCGUCGAAGCUGUGUUCACGUACACGUCGGGGUCGCAGCAGACGUCACUCGACCUCAAGCUGCCAUGUGUCGCGACGAGCUUCCUUGAGCCCGUCAAGCUCGGGCUAGACGAUUUUCACAAGCGUUGGAGUGCGUUGGAGGGCCAGGGCCGAGAACAACAAGACGCAUUUCCUGCCAAAUGGGACGUCCAAGCCGCGUCCAAGUUGCUCGUCGACGUGAUGAAAUUUGGUCUGGUCGACGGAGCGGACGUAUCGGGCGGUCUGUCGAUGGCAGCCACGUUUCGCACGGGCACGUCGUCUCCGUCCGGCGAGAAGAUCUCGGUCGGGAUUCUGGUCAAGUUGGAAAGCCAAGGCAACUCGUACCGAGUCACGGUGCGUGCGGUGCAUCCUGACGUAAGUGUCGCGGUCAAAAACAACGUCAAGCUCGCGUUGGCCUAGUCCGUGCAGUCAGUCGAGUUCUGUUUCGUUCCAUAUCUUUAUACGAACGUGCAUGCACA